UGGUGUAGCCGUUGGACAAGCGACAGACGCAAACGUUAGCUAGCUACAUCUUCACACAACAGUCUGUCGCAAGUAGAGUUGUUAGCUAACGUUAGCUAGGUGUUGCCUAAGGCGACAGGAUGGGUGUAUCAGAUUUACAGUUCGAUACAAAUGCUGGACCUGUGGUGGACCUUUCAGCCCGGGGUAUGCAAAAGCUGGAUCCGAGUUUCACCUGCUCCGAGGACACUCACACUCUCAUCCUGGACCGUAACCACAUAAUGAAACUGGACCACCUGGAAAGGAGCCCAGGCCUUCAGCAGCUAUCUGUAGCCAGUAACCGUCUGGUGAGAAUGAUGGGCGUGUCUCGGCUAACAGAGUUGACAGUCCUGAAUCUUCCCAAUAACAGUAUUGGAUACAUCGAGGGGCUAAGAGAUCUGCCGCACCUCAAAUGGCUCAACCUGUCUGGGAACAAUAUUAAGGUCAUUGAGCAACUCAACAACUGUGUUUCCCUUCAACACUUGGAUCUGUCUGACAAUAACAUAUCUACCAUUGGGGAUGUGACCAAACUGGUGGCAUUAAAGACACUAUUACUCCAUGGAAACAGCAUUACAACACUUCGUACUGUGCCUGCUCACCUACCUGCACAUUUAUCCAUUCUCUCCCUGGCAGAAAAUGAGAUAAGGGAUCUUAAUGAAGCGUCAUACCUGGCACCUCUCCAUGAACUGGAGCAGCUGUCCAUUAUGAGCAACCCUUGUGUUAUGGCCACCCCCUCCCUGCCAGGUUUUGAUUAUCGACCAUAUGUCAUGAGUUGGUGUCUGAGCCUGAAGGUCCUGGAUGGCUAUGUAGUGUCACAGAAAGAAGGUCUCAAAGCAGAGUGGCUCUACAGUCAGGGAAAAGGACGUACAUAUCGACCAGGUCAGCAUGUUCAGCUGGUUCAAUACCUGGCCACUGUUUGCCCUCUGACAUCAUCACCGGCCCUGGAGACGGCAGAAGACGCCAAACUGGAGAAGAUCCUCAGUAAACAGAGGUUUCAUCAAAGGCAGCUGUUAGAGGAGACCCAAGGAGGCUGCCCCAGCCCUCCUCGUCCAACUCAGCUAGAUGUGGAGAGGCACAGUCCUUCACAUCCAGUCCCACAGGGGGGAGCCAGAGAGGUAAAGCAACCAGCUGCUGCUCCCUCAGUCCUGGAGGCAGAACCAGUCGUGCAGUUUAACACCUGGGUGAGCUGUGAUUCUUCCCACUCAUCAUUGCCGGUAGUCCGCAGCCCAAGGCUCAGAGAAGAGCACAUCUACUUGGAGGAUGUGCAGACAGAUGAGGAGAAACUCAAUGGCAGCAUGCUUUCGUCAGAGUCCACCUUUCUCCCCUUUACAUCUGAUCUGGAGCCACAAACAACCCACUCGGACAGCGAGGACGAGACAGAGACCUUUGAACCUGAUUCCCUAGCUCCAAAGCGGCCAGCACAGCCCAAAAAUCACAAAACAAGCAAGACACAUAAUUUACCCCCAGUGGAAAAGCAAGAGAGAGUUCUUGAAGAAGAAGUUAUUUCUGGUGCAGCCACAACAGCCGGAUCCCUGGACGUCAGAGUUAGCACACCACAAAAUCAACUGGAAACAUCCUCUGACUUAGGUAAGGCAGAGAUGAAAGAAGCCUCCAAGCAGGAAGAAGUUGCUAUGUGUGCCAGUAAAUCAAGUUUGAUGGAAGCAGACAGGGCAGCAGUUAAAAUACAGUCAUGGUGGAGGGGACAGCACACUCGGUGUUGUCACCCCAUGGCCAAAGAGGUGCGCAGUGAAAUCCGCCUGCGCAGGAUGCAAGAACACAUCAUCUCCCUGUCUGGAAAGUUGGACAUGGUGCAGCAGCAGUAUGAAGAAGAGAGGUUACAAAGGCUGGUUCAGGAAGAAGCUGUAAAGUUUCUGUGGAAACAGCUCCAGUCUAUGCAGCUGUGGAAGCAGUCUGUGGAGCAGCAUCUGGCUAGCAUUAGUAAGGCUGUCACCCCGGCUCAGAUCUCAGCUUCUGGACUUUGUGAGGCUGCCCCACCUGUUUCAUCCAGCACGACGUACCCACCCUGCACAGACGUCUUGUUCCCAGACUCCGGUUUCCAGUCAACAAGUGAUCAGCAGGCAGCGCAGGAGGAUAGCUUCCUGAGCAGUGGGACAGCAGACUCUCUGAAGACGGUGCAAACACUGAGUCCUGUUUGUAGCGGCUUCGCUGGUGCUAGCGAUGGUGUGGACAGCGCAGACUGCAGCCUGUUGGAGCAGUACCUCUCCUCUGUACAGCAGCGGGAGGAGGAGGCUGAGGAGGUGAUCAGUGAUAAAACAGAAACGCCACAGCCCUCCUCACCAGUAUCACCCAGCAAAACAGCACAGUCCAACUCCCCCCCGCAGAAGGCAGCAAACAACCAAUGAGAAGUGCAAAGAACAGAGGAAACCACUCCUGGCCUUGUCUGAGUAUCUACACCAAAUAGACACCGGUAGGGAACUACUGAGUGUGUUUAAAUUGGCCCUGACUGUAGGAUCAGGAUGCGUUGCUCUUAAAACGUUGUCUGACAACUGCACUUAUCUUGAUUACUGACCCAGAUCUCAAAUAGCAGUGCACUUAGUUUCAUUUGUUUAUCAAGACUGAUUCCAGGACAGGCUUGAAAACAACACCUUACUGUGAAUGUAACUCAAGUUUUUUUUAUACGUCACUACUUUGAUCUGUUCGGUUCUUUAAUGGACAUUUUCCUCUCUGUGUAAAGACAAUGAUUGUGAUGUAGCUUCAGAAGGUAUUAGUAACUUUAAAUAAAUUAUUUAAUGAUGAAA